AUGGUGACUCCUCGGUGGUUUCUCUUGUCGCCUCACCAAUGCAUUGGCUACGAGGCUGCUUGCCAAGCACUUCCGGACGCUUCAGCCGGUAAGCCGCACACUUACUCCGACGUCAAAAUCUCAGCAGCACAUUUAACGUUACCCCAUGAAACGCUAGCAUCAGCUGCUCCCCUGAUUCUAGCCCCCAGCCCCCGUCGUCUCACUUGGGGGGCUGUAGCCGCGUUAGUUUUCCAAUUGCCAUGUGAACGAUGGGAGUGGAUGGGAAUUUGUCAUGCGCCUUCUAGCAGGCUUCCGGGAGUCAUAUCCGGGACAAGCCGGUUUCGGGACCGGGCUUAUCCCCGACGGGAAUCUUACCUGUCUGCAUGCAUGACAAACAGAGACGCUCUGGCACAAACACGAGAGACGUCAUAUGCCAUCCAUCGUUUCUCGCCCUACCCGGCUGCUACGGUCCAGGGGCCCUUGGAUGAUUCGACCGAUGACCGACGACCGUCUGAUAUAAGCGGCGGUUCUCGACUACAAGACAUUUAUGCCUGCUCCAUGCCACAAAGGUCCCAACGGGAUUACGCAACAAACGCGUAA